AUGGCAUCCAACCGUAUCCGCAGAGUUGCAAAGGAGUUGGCAGAUAUACAGAAUGAUACAGACUCCAGGAUAUUCUGUGAGCCUGCAAAUGGACAGGAUCUAUCACAUCUGAGAGCGACGUUCCCUGGACCGCCUGACACCCCAUACGAAGGUGGAACCUACGCUGUCGAUAUUAAAAUUCCUCAAGACUACCCAUUCAAACCUCCAAUUAUGUCCUUUUCGACCAGGUUAUGGCACCCCAACGUCAGUAGCCAGACGGGCGCCAUCUGCCUCGAUACCCUAGGAACAGCUUGGUCACCGGUUCUCACAAUCAAAUCUGCUCUCCUUUCUCUCCAGUCUCUUCUCAGCACACCAGAACCAAAGGAUCCGCAAGACGCCGAAGUUGCAAGCAUGUUGAUGAACGAUCCAGAUAUGUUUGAGCGGAUUGCACGAGAAUGGGCUAUCAAGCAUGCAGCUGCUCCAUCAAAUACAACUUGGAAUCCCCAGGUUCACGUAUCUGCAACCUCAAAGCCUAAGUCCAAGCAGACUCUGUCGCGAGAGGAGGAAAUGAAGAAGUACCACGGGUACAAUAAGGAGCUCAUUGACCGAUUCGUCAAUAUGGGAUUCGACCUCGAUCGAGUUGUGGAGGCGUUUGAAUUUGUCCAUAUUGAUAAGAACAACGGAGAAGACUACGAGCUUGAGGAAGCAUACAUGGGGGAUAUUACUGCUAGGCUUCUUGGCGAACCAUGA